AUGCCAUCUUUCUCCAAUACUGUCCUCCUCACCCUAGGGGCAGUGAAUGGGGCGCACGCCUGGGGUGUGUUGGGUCACGCAACAGUUGCAUAUGUUGCUCAACACUAUGUUUCGUCUGAAACAGCAUCAUGGGCACAAGGCGUUCUUGGCAACUCAUCCAGUUCUUAUUUAGCUGGCAUCGCUUCCUGGGCUGACCAGUAUCGCCUAACUAGCGCUGGAAAAUGGUCGGCUCCUUUGCACUUUAUAGAUGCAGAGGAUGAUCCUCCUUCGAGUUGCAACGUGGACUACGACCGUGACUGUGGUAGCUCAGGUUGCUCAAUCUCUGCGGUCGCAAACUACACUCAGCGUGUGAGCGACAGCAGCCUUUCCGACGCUGAUGUUGCAGAGGCUCUCCGUUUUCUUGUUCAUUUCCUUGGUGAUAUGACUCAGCCACUCCACGAUGAGGCAUAUGAAGUCGGAGGAAACAACAUUAAGGUCACUUUCAAUGGAUACAGCGACAAUCUUCAUUCCGACUGGGAUAGCUACAUGCCCGAGCAGUUGGUCGGCGGUGACUCGCUCUCAGACGCAGAGUCUUGGGCCACCAGUCUGGUCAAGGAGAUCGAGUCGGGAAAUUAUACGUCUCAAGCUGCGAGCUGGAUCAAAGGAGAUGACAUCAGCGAUCCCAUUGCCGCAGCAACCAGCUGGGCUUCAGAUGCCAACGCUCUUGUUUGCACUGUUGUCAUGCCUAAAGGCGCUGCUGCUUUGCAAACCGGUGAUCUUUACCCCACCUACUACGAUUCGGUCAUUGACACGAUUGAGCUGCAAAUUGCUAAAGGCGGCUAUCGAUUGGGAAAUUGGCUCAACAAGAUCUACAGCACCAAAAUUGCUAAGCGGGAUCUGGAGUCUUUUGCGAAGGUUGGCCGCGCCGCGACUUCACAGCCAGACCUUUCGGGGAGAAGCUUUUUGCCCGAUCCUCGUCCACUGAGCCGGGCGAAGCUCGCUAGAGCGGCAAUGGAUGGAUCGUGCUGUAACUCGGGUAGACACAGCCAUUAA